AUGGAGAGAGAGAGGGGGUAUCCACCCGUUAUUAAGACAAAGUGGUGCGAGGGACCGUCAUGUUCGCAUGAUACCGUCAACGCGACUAAACAUCGUAAGGAGGUUGAAUUCAAAACGCCACCGUUUAAUGGAGACUCAGAUAUAAGGCUACCUGGAAAUGCGAAAUACCGUUCAAGUUUCGGUUAUUCCGGUGACUUCUGCCAGAAAGAUACACUGACUUUUGCUGGCUACAUGGGAAGGCAGCUGCCU